CGGGCCAGAGUGGCCAUGUGACCUCUGGUGCUGCCAACCAUGGACGAGCUCUGGGCAUGUGUGCAGCCUGGCGCGGCACUCUGCUAUGUCAGCGUGUUAGGAUGCCGUCCCGUACCAACUUGGCUACUGGAAUCCCCAGUAGUAAAGUGAAAUAUUCGAGGCUCUCCAGCACAGACGAUGGCUACAUUGACUUUCAGUUUAAGAAAAGCCCUCCAAAGAUCCCUUACAAGGCCUUUGCACUCGCCACUGGGCUGUUUUGGAUUAGCACCUUUCUCAUUAUUGUAGGCUCCCUCCUGCUCUCAGGCUACAUCAGCAAAGUGGGGGUAGACCAGGCCGUUCCAGUCCUGAUCAUUGGCAUUCUGGUGUUCCUACUCGAAUUUUACCACCUUCGCAUUGCUUUCUAUGCAUUCAAAGGCUACCACGGUUACUCCGAUGAUGACAUUCCAGACUUCGAUGACUAGCACCCACCUUACAUCUGAGAAGAGUCACAGUGGGACUGCCCCAGCUUUAAGAUACCAAGCAGAAACUCUAGAUAAGGGCUAAGGAAUUCUGCAGCUUAUGGAUGUUUAAGAAAACAAUGGCCUUGAUUUUAAGGGUUCUUCCCAAAGAUGUUAACUGAGCCUACAGUUAGCUAGUUAGGACGUGACCUGCUCUGUUUUUCAU